AAUUAAUUAAUUAACCCCACUCAUUCAUUUACUCAGUCCACAGCCUUUUUGUUAAGAGCCUGCUGAGGACAUAAAGAUGGAGAUCCAGUAUCUACCCUCAUGAAACAUACAAUCCAAGCGAAGAAGGCUUACUUUGCGAUAGUCGUCAAGUUGUGUUUUUAUGGCGCUUUACUGCUCCCGCCAGCACCCAGUACCUGGGUAUGACCUCAGGCGGUGGCAGAGCCCGCGUGCGAGGUCCGGCUCUCCUUGGCUUGCCCCGGCAGGGCGGGGUCAGGAGAGCAGCCGCCGGCACUGCCCCCGCGCGCUCCCUCCAGCGCUGCUUUUAAUUUCGCAGCUUCCACCACCGGAAAUUAGUCGAAGGCUGAGUGGACCCAGCUAAGAGCCGGCGAGCUCCACGCGGGGAGGGUGCGCCCACCGGUCCCGCCGGGCGCCCGCGGGACGCGCCGCCAGGGCCCUCUCCGCCGGGGGCUCGGCGCACGCCCACCUCUUCCAAAUUUAACCAUUACCUAAAUCCGAAGGGAAAUGAGCAAACCUCUCGGAUUGGGUGUCAAGGUAUUUUCAGCCUCGUUGGGCGUAUUUAUCCCGAAGUGUUUCCACAACAAGCUAUUUCGGGGCCGCGGGGCAGGUUUCGCUCUGCGGACGCGGUGGCCACUCGCCGGGCUCCAGGCCGGCGGCACCGCGGGCCGGUGAUUCACGGUCCUGGGCUGGGGGUGGUGCAGCCCUAGCAGGCGGCGGGGUGGGGGGGGCAUGGCGGGUGACGGAUGCCAGGGGGGCAGGGAGGGUCCUCGGAGCUGUGCGCCCCCACCCCUCUGUCGGCAGUCAAUCUCUGUCCUGAAUCUGUGGCUUCUCUCGCUGCGGAAGUCUCCCUGGAGCCAAGAAUAGUUAUUUUCUUUCGAGUCAUUUCUAGUGCCUGAGUGUCCGGACCUCCAAUUUCCCCCAUCCCCAGCCGACCCACAGGGAGAGAACUGGGAGAACGACUAAGGGACGCGCGGGACGGGCUGGAAAGGCCAGGCCCCCCCGCACCCGCCUGGCCACUUGCGCAAAGUGGCGCGCUGGGCCGCCCGACGGGGGUUGGGGGCAGGUCUGGGAGGGCUGUGUGAACGACUCAAUAACGCUCAGGAAGUGAAGCCUGUGGUUUUGGGGGCUGAGCUCGGAAGGAGACUUUUUUUUUUUUAAGGUCAGAGAGACAGAGCGGUCUCUUCCAAAAGCAAGAUUUUGUUUGAAAACUCUCCUAGCGCGGUGCCCGCGCCCUGACCCCGCAGGUAGGUCCGCCAAGGCUGUUCUGCGCCUCCAGCCCUGGUGGGGGCGGCCGCGGGGACUCGCAGAGCACCGGUGCUGCGGGGGCGACCAGAGGGCGCGGGCGGGUUCCCACCUGCUGUGGACCGCCGUGAGGGAGCCGGGAGAGCCCUGGCAGCUGGGUUAGGGCGCGACUCGAGCAGCGCGGCUGGAAAUCUGGAGCCGGAGGCGCGCAGCAGGCAGCCUGGUGGUUCGGCAGGGGAGCCAAAUCCACCCGGGAAGGAAACGUCUGGUGGGAGGCCACAGAAGCUGCGCUCGGGAGGCCACCCCCUGAGCGCCCUCGGCUCCCGCCUUCCCGGGCCGGGACGUUGAGGAGAGGCCUGAGCUCUAGGAGGGCUCGCCCCGCCUCCCGCGCCAGCUGCAGUGCGGGGUUACCUUCCCACGCGCUCGGCAGUGGCCCCGGCGCCCCUACCUCCCCCACCUCCGUCCCUCCUGACAGGAAUCGGCAAAGCCGGCCGGAGUGCGAGAGAGGCGUGGGCUUACAGCCCUGGUGGGGAGGCGGCCUCCACGUCCGCCUGGUCUCUUGCGGCUCUAGCCCAGACCCAGCUCCGGCUCUGACAGCUCCCCCGCCCCCAUCGGUCCCGCUCACAGCCAACGCGUGUCUCAGCCGCAGCGGGACCCUCGGGACAAUGCCACUCUGUUUUUCUUUUCUUCUGAGUUUCGCGGCUGUUUAAAGAAUUGGGUUUGGGUUUUGUGGCGUCUAAUUGUAUGGCCCAGAAGUGCAGGAAGCAGCAAAGCUCUAGCCCUGGGAGACAACCCUGACGGAGGUAGAUGGCACCCUAGCCCCUAGGGGCAUUCUGGCGCUUAGGCCCCGAGACACGUCCCAGGAGUCUUUUCUCCCACGUCUGUUCCAAUUCCUCCGGAGAAGGGGACAUAAUGGGGCUAGGGAUCUGAAGCAGGAGGCCUGCACCCUACAGGGACCAAGGCCGCUAAACUCGUUUUGAGUCGAGAGCUCCAAAAGACAGACGUAGACUCUGUGGCCUGCAUCUUGCCUAGGAAGCCGAGCAGCUCCUAGUACAGCAGUUGAAACAGCACGAAGCCGGAGGACUGAGGGUCCUGCCCCAGCCCAGAGUUCCCAGCACCCUCGUUUCUGAACCAACCGAAGCCACCGAGAACUGCUGUACUGCAGCUCACGUGUGAGCGGGGUUCCCAUCGCCUUCACCCCGGGAGGAAGGCAGAUUCGUUUACCCCAGACCACCUUGACUGUGGGGUCCCGCCCCGCGGAGCCAUCUGGAGCCGAGGCUGGCGCAGCCCCGCCCUCCCGCCGGGCUCAGAUUUCGACCUGGGAUUAGGUGAACUGAUUGGGGGUUAAUGAGAGCGGCGCCCUGGGCAGCUAGUUCCCUCCCAGGCUCGGGCCGACCCUCGUGCUCUGGCGUCGUGUCUUUCUUGUCUGCCAAAUUAUCAAGUGCACCACCGAUUCGGGACACCUAGCAUUUCCCAGUCAAUGUUCGCGGAUCGGGCUUCACUUCCCUAGGACGAGAUUUUUUGGUGAGAAGAACGGAAAGUGCUUUUUCCCGGGACCUGAUUCCCGAGGUUAGAUCUCCAUAGUCUGGGAUGGCUCGCCGCAACCUCAGCUGGUACCUGCAGCACCCGGGAGUCCGGGGCCAAAGUUUCUCCUACGUGGGGCACAAGUGAGGGGCAACUGGGAUCAUCCGGAUGCGAGUUUCUCCUGAGGUGGGGAUUGGUCGUCUGUUACUCCCCUUACUUUCCUGUCCCUUUGCUGGCCUCUGCUGCCCCCAGUCCCUUUGCUGCUGUCCCAACACCGCCACCCCUCAGUUUUGUGUUCCGUCCCUGCCCCCCCCCCCCCCCCCCCCCGCCGCGUUUCACUCCAGUUUGUAGCUGGCUCUUGGAGGUCUUGGCUCCUUGCCCCUUCCGGGUCCUCGACCACUGGGCAUCCCCGAUCCCUAAACCGAUUUCUCGUUUUCCCGCCCUCCCUUGCCAGCCAGAAAGCACAGCCAGGCAGGCAACGAGUAGCUGAGUUGGGGUAACCCACCCGAUGGGAACUACGGCUCUCCAGAGAGUUUGAUUGCCGGAGCGAGCUUGGCUAGGAAAGGGGAGGAGCUGGGGGGCGUGAGUAGGGAGGAGGAAAGGGGCCCGAGUCAGGGCCCCGGGACAGGUUUUACCGCUGAGCUCUGUCAGCGGCAGCGGCGGCAACGACGGCGGGUUCGCGCCACCUGUCCGAGUGCCACCUGGUAAGCGUGGCGCAGUAGGGCCAAGCCCCUCCUCCCAUGGGCCCUCUGCGCUCCUCCCUGGCCGGUGCUCUCCCUCUGCCUGGGUGCCCAGUCCCAGCACCUGAGAGUACUGACCCGCGUUUCCACCUGGUUUUCUUCCCCUCUCAGGUCUCCGCCGGGCUGUGGCUGAGCAAGCCUUCGGAGUGACCGUGGGUGACAGCGGCUCCAGGGACCCUUGGGGCGGAGUGGGGAAAGCCCCAGACCACCAUGCCGCGCUCAUUCCUCGUCAAGAGCAAGAAGGCGCACAGCUACCACCAGCCGCGCUCCCCAGGACCAGACUAUUCCCUCCAUUUAGAAAAUGUACCAGCACCCAGCCAAGCAGACAGCACUUCAAAUGCAGGUGGGGCGAAGGCGGAGCCCGGGGACCGUUUGUCCCCUGAAUCGCAGCUGACCGAAGCCCCAGACAGAGCCUCCGCAUCCCCAGACAGCUGCGAGGGCAGCAUCUGUGAACGGAGCUCGGAGUUUGAGGACUUCUGGAGGCCCCCGUCACCCUCCGCGUCUCCAGCCUCGGAGAAGUCGAUGUGCCCGUCGAUGGACGAAGCCCAGCCCUUUCCCCUGCCUUUCAAACCAUAUUCAUGGAGUGGCCUGGCGGGUUCUGACCUGCGGCACCUGGUGCAGAGCUACCGACCUUGCGGGGCCCUGGAACGCGGCGCCGGCCUUGGCCUCUUCUGUGAAUCAGCACCGGAGCCGGGCCACCCAGCCACGCUGUACGGCCCAAAGCGGGCGGCGGGCGGAGUGGGGGCCGGGACUCCAGGGAGCUGCAGCGCAGGGGCAGGUGCCGCCGCUGGCCCUGGCCUCGGGCUCUACAGCGACUUCGGGUCUGCGGCGGCCGGGUUGUAUGAGCGGCCCACCGUAGCGGCGGGCUUGCUGUACCCUGAGCGUGGCCAUGGGCUGCACGCGGACAAAGGCGCUGGCGUCAAGGUGGAGUCCGAGCUGCUAUGUACCCGGCUGCUGCUGGGCGGUGGCUCCUACAAGUGCAUCAAGUGCAGCAAGGAACGGAGCUUUGACUGUAAGAUCUGUGGCAAAAGCUUCAAGAGGUCAUCCACACUGUCCACACACCUGCUCAUUCACUCAGACACCCGGCCCUACCCCUGUCAGUACUGUGGCAAGAGGUUCCACCAGAAGUCAGACAUGAAGAAACACACCUUCAUCCACACUGGUGAGAAGCCCCACAAGUGCCAGGUGUGCGGCAAGGCAUUCAGCCAGAGCUCCAACCUCAUCACCCACAGCCGCAAACACACGGGCUUCAAGCCCUUUGGCUGCGACCUUUGUGGGAAGGGUUUCCAGAGGAAGGUGGACCUCCGGAGGCACCGGGAGACGCAGCACGGGCUCAAAUGAGCACACUGGCUGGCUGCAAGCAGCAGCUACACAACACUACAGAGGGCAGCCUCCCUGCUUGCCAUCACUCCCUUUUGACUUUGCAGGCCCCAGGUCCAGUCUGCAGAUCCCACCAGGUGUUCCUCCUUUGCCUUACCUCCUGGAGCUGCCAGAGGUGAUGAGGUACCUUUUCAUGUGCAGCCCAGAGUAAGAAUCAAGUGACUGUCUAGGCUUUGGACACAAAUAGGCUCCUCUACACCUGAAGACAAAGGCAUAGUCAAAUGGGGACCAGAAGAAAUCUUAGACCUCACAGUCCUUCCCAUUUCCAGCCCUAAUCUACAGACAGGAAUGUCCUUUAGGUUUCUUCCCUUGCCUUCUUGACCUACUCCAGUUAUUUGUGUGGAAGAGGAGGACUCAUCAUUUACAAGGUGGACACAUGCUAAUAUUUUUAUCUAGAAAGAAGAAUGAGUGUUAAAUUUUAUUUUUUUUUCUUCUGGGGAGUCUGUUGACCCCCUUCUUUUGGGUGCUGCCUAUAAAUCUUGGAGGAAUCAUUUCUCUUCCUCAAAGACUGAUUCAGAAACUGAUUUUGGGAAGUUUAAUACUUUUGAAGUCAUGAGAUGCACCAUCAAGGCUACCCCAAGAAGGAGCAGAAGAUAAGUUGGUGAUGAGAGGGGAUUAGAGGUCCUCCUUUCAGGAGGCCUGUGAAGGCUUCAUCAGUCAAGGUAAAAGCACAAGCAAUGUCUGUGGCCAAGAUGUCGUUCAUUGGCUCAGCACAUGUUCAUGGAUCACCAGCUAUCAAGGUACCAGGCACCAUGCUAGGUACUGGGGAAGAGAGACUGAAGUCACAACUCCUGACUCUGCUCCUCAAAAGCUAACAGUUGCACCUCCAAGUGGCUUGGCCUGUUCUUAUCCUUGGAGAGAAUUCUGAGAAUACAACACAGAAUUGUAAAUCUUCCCUUUUGACCCUUUUGGAUUUUAUCAGGUGUAAACAAAAAGCAGCUGAACAGUUACUUCAAAGAUAUGUGUGUAUAUUCAGUUUUUUAUUGUUAAGCUGAUAUUUUAAAGAUGUCUGAGCUAGCAGGCAUGUGGAAGUGAAGGCUCUGUCUUCAACUCUGACCCUCCAUGUGUAUCAUAGAGAGGGUAAAAAGUGGUAUUUUCAGUUUGAUGAGGUUGGUAAAUGUUUUUAGAUCUUCUGGUAUGCAUUAUGUUUGUGAAUACAUAUUUAUUAGAGUGAUGUUUUAAGUUAAUAAACUAUUAAGACUAUUA